UGACAAUAAUAGUGAGCUAGAUAGUUCGCUGGAUCUUGAAGUGAGUAGUGAGCCUAAUUCUGAUUCAGAGGAUCUUGACAAUAAUAGUGAGCUAGAUAGUUCAAUGGAUCUUGAAGUGAGUAGUGAGCCUAAUUCUGAUUCAGAGGAUCUUGACAAUAAUAGUGAGCUAGAUUCGCUGGACCUUGAAGUGAGUAGUGAGCCUAGUUCUGAUUCAGAGGACGAGAGUAGCUUUUCUGAUAUGGAGGGUAACUCUUCGAUUGAAGAGGAGGAUCCUGUGCUCGCCGAACGUGAGCGAUUCCGUAGAGUUAUGUGCAAGACUAAGCCAGUGUCCACUUGGAACUGUGAUAUGGAGCUGAUGCAUCGUGAACAUAACUUCAUCAAUCGGAUUGGGUGGCGCGGCGGACACACAUCUGACCAGAGUUUUGGAGAAGGAUACCACAAAUCCGGCCAGGUUUUGGGGCAGCUGACUUUAUGGAAUACGCUAAAACCCCGAUACGCGAAGUGCCUCAACUUCAACCAGGAUGGCGAUUUGUUGUGCGCGGGCACCGAUGAUCACAUAAUCGUCUGGAAUUGGGCUAAGAAUAGGACACUGACGAAUUAUCGUCCAGAUAUCAAGGGGAAAAUCAUGCAGAUCAAGUUCAUCGAUAGCGCCGGCUCCUUGGACAUCGUGUCCGCCAGCUCCGAUGGCCAGAUGCUCCGGACCAUUGUUCCACCUUCCGGAGGUGCCCCCAUGUCUAGCCACUGCCUCUACGAGCACAUCGGUUGCGUGCGCGAUUUCGAAAUAGUGCCGCGUAGCCGUCACGAGAUAUUAAGCGCAGGUGAUUAUGGAAUUGUGAAGUUAUUUGACUUGCGCGUCAGCAGUGCAGCCACCACAGCAGUGCAGUGCGUCGAAACAAGAGAGGGAGUGGACCUGUACACUAUCGCCCACCAUCCCUUUGCUCCGGAAUUCUGCGUUGGCGGAGACGAUGUUAAGCUAAACGUUUACGACAAGCGAAAAAUGACAAGGGCCGUUCACGAAAUUACACCACGCAAUCUUAAAGAUUCGAACUCGGACAAUAAGCCGGACAUCACUUCUGCCGUCUACAAUCACAGCGGUAGCGAGCUUCUGGCCUGCUACAGAAGAACAGGCAACUAUUUGUUUGACAGCCGCAAUUACACGGAUGGCGAUUUUUUGCACUACUACAGAAAGCAUUUUCGCGAGAUUAAUUUCUUCGGUCCCCGAUCGGAGUACAUUGUUAGUGGCGAUUUCAAUGGUAUAUAUUUCUGGGACAAGAACACGGGAGAAAUCAUCUGCGAGAACAUGGACGAAAAGGCCAAGGCGGUAAUCUGCCUUAAGCCGCAUCCCUGGAAGCCCAUGCUGGCAACCGCUGCAUUAAUAAAGCCUGGAAUCCAUAUCUGGAUUCCUAAUGGUCCUUAGU